AUGGGGAUGUUGUCGAGAAAAGUCACGUGCAAUUCUCAUGGACAAGAUUCUUCUUACUUCCUAGGAUGGCAGGAAUUCGAGAAGAAUCCAUACGAUGAAGUCCAGAAUCCUCAAGGGAUUAUUCAAAUGGGUCUUGCAGAGAAUCAGCUCUCAUUUGAUCUUCUCGAGUCUUGGUUGGAUAAGAACCCAGAUGUAGCUGGUUUCAAGAGAGAUGGGCAAUCCAUAUUCAAAGAGCUUGCUCUUUUCCAAGAUUAUCAUGGGCUCCCUGCAUUCAAACAGGCGUUGGUUGAUUUCAUGGCUGAAAUCAGAGGAAACAAAGUAACAUUUGAUCCAAAUCGAAUCGUACUCACCGCCGGUGCAACCUCAGCAAAUGAAUCUCUAAUGUUCUGUCUCGCCGAACAUGGCGAUGCUUUCCUUCUUCCCACGCCUUAUUAUCCAGGAUUCGAUAGAGAUCUCAAGUGGAGAACUGGGGUUGAAAUCGUACCGAUCAAAUGCACCAGUUCGAAUCGCUUUCAAAUCACUGCGUCAGCUCUGGAAGAAGCUUAUCGACAAGCUAAGAGAAAGAACCUGAGGGUGAAAGGUGUGUUAGUCACCAACCCCUCGAAUCCAUUGGGUACAACCAUGACGAGAGAUGAAUUGGAUCUUCUAGUUAACUUCAUUACUGACAAAGAAAUCCAUUUGAUCAGCGACGAAAUCUACUCCGGAACCGUUUUUAGCUCGCCGGCUUUCGUUAGUAUCAUGGAGGUUUUAAAAGAUCGAAACCUCGAGAAAACCCAAGUCUGGGAAAGAGUUCACAUUGUUUAUAGCCUUUCAAAGGAUCUGGGUCUGCCUGGUUUUCGAGUUGGUGCUAUUUACUCCAACGAUCCCAUUGUUGUGGCCGCCGCCACAAAAAUGUCCAGCUUCGGCCUAGUUUCAUCUCAAACACAGUAUCUCCUCUCCACCAUGUUAUCCGACAAGAAGUUCACGAAAGAAUACAUUGCCAAAACCCACAAGAGGCUUCGAAAGCAACGAAGCAUGCUCGUUGCCGGCCUGGAAAAGGCCGGCAUCUGCUGCUUAGAAAGCAAUGCAGGGCUGUUCUGUUGGGUCGACAUGAGACAUCUUCUGAGCUCCGACACAUUCGAAGCCGAAAUGGAUCUUUGGAAGAGGAUAGUUUACGAUGUUAAGCUGAAUAUUUCUCCUGGUUCUUCGUGUCAUUGCAGCGAACCAGGGUGGUUCCGUGUUUGCUUCGCCAACAUGUCCGAAGAUACCCUAAAACUCGCCAUACAAAGGUUGAAAUCCUUCGUCGGUUCAAUCACCAGUAACCACCGGAGCCACCAAGAGUUGAAGAACUCGAGGAGGAAGUUUCGCACCAAAUGGGUUUUCCGGCUGUCGUUUCAGUCGUUCCAUGAUCGGGAGCAAGAUGAACGAUAAGUCUGGCUAAUUUUUUCUUUACCAGUAUGAACACAUUGUUCAUAUUGAAAAUACUUUUUUGAGAGAUUAUUUUUUUUUGUUUUAUAUAAAUUUGUCCAAAAGUAAAUGAUUUAUGGAAUUGCAGACAGAGAAGAAACUGCACUCAAUCUACAUGGGAUUUGGAGUGUACUCAGUUUCAUCACCUUGUAAAAUUUAAGUCUACG